GUCACGUAUUGGUCAAUGGAUGAAGACACAGGAUUGUAUGAUGUCCAGAUAAAUUCUGCUGACCAACGUCUCAGAGUCUUUGACCCGGCCGAGAAGAGGUGGCGCCAGGUGUGUUCUUCCUCAGCCAAUGAGCUGCUAGCUAGCAUCAGCUGUGAAGAAGUGGGCUUCGUCAGUGUGGUGAAUUACUCCGUCUCGUCGGUGCCAGAGGCCAGCGGAGACGGCGGGGAGUUCUUCUGUGUCAGACAGCAGGAGCUCAGCUAUGGCAAAAAAAUCAAAGACGCAUUGUUCCCAUGUGACUGUGAGAGCAGGGAGGUUCUCACACUGUUGUGUCAAGACUGUGGCAGGCGCAGCUUCGCGGCGGACCGCAUCGUUGGCGGUGUGAACGCCAGGCGGGGCAGUUGGCCCUGGCAGGUCAGACUGGAGUACGACGGCGUUCAUCAGUGCGGAGGAACCAUCAUCUCAAACCGCUGGAUUGUGACAGCAGCUCACUGCUUCAGAGCGCAAUAUCGCACCGUCAAUAACUGGCGCGUGAAGCUGGGCUCCAUCUACAGUAAACCAGUCAACGCCAACGUGGUGGAGGUGAACACCAUCGUUUACCACAGCAGCUACCUGCCCUUUGUAGAUGCCAACAUUGAUGACAACAGCAGGGACAUCGCGGUCCUGGCGCUCACCCAGCCCCUCACCUUCAACGAAUGCAUCCAGCCUAUUUGCCUGCCAGCACACGGUCAGAGACUGACAGAUGGGCAGAUGGGAACAGUAACCGGCUGGGGAAAUGUACAAUACCAUGGAGUUCAAGCAGAUAUUCUCCAGGAAGCGAACGUCCCCAUCAUCAGUGACGCUGUCUGCAACGCUCCGGACUACUAUGACAAUCAGAUCACCAGCAGUAUGUUCUGUGCAGGUUAUGAGAAAGGAGGCAUGGAUGCCUGUCAGGGAGACAGCGGCGGCGCCUUUGUGGCAGAGGACUGUCUGUCCAAGACCAAGCGGUAUCGUCUGCUGGGGGUGGUGAGCUGGGGAAUAGGCUGCGCCAUGGCCAAGAAACCCGGCGUCUACACCAGGAUUUCCAGGUUUCUGCCCUGGAUAUCCACGGCCAUGAGGAACUAUCACAACUCACCGGGGCUUCACAAAAUGGCUCGGACAUGAGAUUCCUGCUCCCAUGUUUCCACUUUUUCAACUCUUGGAUGACAAUAUCUAAAGACCUGGAGGUUUGUCAACGGGGGCAGUUGGAAGGAGGGAUGAAAUGCUGUCACUGUUCCAGUGGUGUCCUUCUUACUUAAAACAUUUAUUUAGGAUUAACUUCUUCCUGAACCUUCGAACGCCCACCAGGACCAAACUACUUAAACGAUACCCGACAGAGCUCUUAAAGAAACAUGAAGUUUUAUUUAAGCUGACUUGCAGUGUCCUCAUGAAGUAAAGUAUUGAUUUAUAUUAAAAUCCGUAUACUGGAUUUAGGAUACAAAUAAAUAAAUAAGAUAUAAGGAGAUUAAGUUAAGUUAUAAAUAACCACUAACUGGUGAGCUAUACAGCAGCAUGUUGAAUUGAGACCUGCAGAGGCUCAGGUUGCUCAGGUUCGACUCGAGAACGUUUGAUGAAAACACAGGGAUUUAUUCCAUAAGAGACUUUAUUCUAUUUCUCGAGGUUUUCAUCUUGUUACACAUGCCACUUUCUUCGGUACCAGACUUCCGGCUGCCAGUGUGCAUAGCAAGCAGUGCAUAGCAGACGCCAACGCUUUUAGUACUUUUACAUUGCGCAACACUAAGACGCACAGUAGAUCUAAGGUGUCAAUAAUUUAUGAGUAUUGCUAAUGAGUAGCUAAAAUAUUCCUGGUGACUUUAGCACAUCAAUAUUUUCACAGUGUAAGAAUCUCAUUUUAUUUGUAACUCGUGUGAUAUUUUUAUAGCCUGACAUAUCAUUAAUAAUAAUAAUUCCCACAUGCAGUGGUAAUGAUGAUUCUUGUACUGAAAUCAGUAUUUCGCUAUCGCCUUGUAAAUAUUAGUGAAUGUCUUGUUUGUGUAGUUUAUUUGAGGAAUGUUACAGAUGUCUUCAUGAUCUACAGAUCUUAAUACUAUAAGUGCAUUAACGAUAACAACCUAAAUCAUGUCUUUAGAAAGUAUUUCUUUCAACACUGCACAUAUUGAUUAGCAGAUUGUAAAUUCUGAUGUCACAACAAAUAAACUGUGUAUACUCAUGAUUUUCCAUGACCAAUGUAUAGUAUUAUAUACUAAAACCUCUCUGCUCCUACAGUUAUAUUCAGCAUAAACAACAACAUAUUACAGCAAUGCAUUAUGUUUUCGAUUAGAUAGAUUUGAUUACUUUUAUUGUUCAUUUUCUAGUGGCAUCUACUUGCUAUAUUUGAUUCUUUAUUUUACUAGACAUUCACCUGACACAUUAUUAGAACACCAAGAAAAAGGAUUUUAGGUCAAAUGUGUGUUUCAACCUAAUCUGUGAUCAACAUAACACAGAAAAACCAAGAUAACAGCACAACCACAAAUAUACAACAAGAUACGUUAUCAAAAAAUAUGACGUACCGCUUUUAUAGUGUCGUCACUGAAUCGGUAUUUUGCACAUGGCCAUAAGAAUUUAAUUUGAAUUUGAAUUUAUGAAUUUAUUUUUUUGAACUUGUAUAAAAGGGAAAAAAAAUGUUACUACUUGUACACACAAAGAAAAUACAAAUUAUUAAAAAAAAAAUAGAACAACAAAGAGCUAAGACACAACAGAAAAAAAAACAGUUCGAAAAAAAGGAGUGGGAAGAAGCAUGACACUUAUUUGAUGUCCCACCCCUUUUCAACUGCUCUUCAGCCCGUACCCACACAGAAUACUACAUAAUACACCUACAUACCACGCAUACACUUCACAAAUAUCCAAUCACAAAAACAAACAUACACCACAUGCAUAUCCCUGCAAACAUACCUAUAACAUGUAUAUAUAUACAUACUUACACUAAUAAUAAUAAUAAUUAUUUAUUUAAUAAUGAUAUACCAAGAAAGAAUUGGAUCUGAAAUCUGAACACAAAUGUAAAAUCCUUCUGUCACUGAUUUUUAUCUCAUGACUCAAAAUAAUGUGAUUGGUUUUGCAUCCAUAGAAUUGCAAACUAUUCACCACCAGUUCCUCCUCUGAAAUAAAGUUUAUGCAUGUAGCAAAUUAUA